UCAAUGACCUACCCCCCGAUGCGCUCCCGCCCCUUUUCUUUAUCGGUGGAUUGAUGCGUGCCCUGGGUCGAUCGAUCGCCCUUCACUGUCCAAAUGCUAGCGAUUGGAUUGGGUCGUUGUGGAAUUGGGUUAUGGGUGGACGUGCGGUCUGUAGAUCCAUUCAUGGCCGUUCCCGUAUCAUUGUAGUAGUUGCUUUCUCCGCUCUUCUGGAGUAGAGGGAAACCCUCAAGAAAUGUGUGUAAGCUUUGAUUUGCACUGAGUUCUGGGAUCUUAUUAGGCCGUCUCGCCCUUUCUAUUGCGGUAGGAGAAAUGUUUGUUUCUGAGAUUGAGCACACGCCGCCCAACCCGCAAGGACGUGUUGCCCGUCUGCUUUCCUCUUUCCCUUUUUUUUGUUUUUUUAUAUACGAUUGUUAGAGGAACACCGAAAGCCGCGGUUUGCCAGAUGCUGAAUUUAAUCUAGUGCUACAAAAAAACCUAUUUCUAUUUAGCUUCCAGUAAAUUCCAGUUGAUUCGCAUAGGAUCAGUAGUCAAUAGGGGUGGUAAUGGAUCACGAUCCAAACGUUUCUUCACAAUAAGUUAGGGCCCUUAAUCAAUUUUAGUUAAAAAAUGAGUAGGAAUAAAGCCCGAUCCUAACCCGAUUCGAUCCUUCAAUUUUAUAGUGUAAAAUCUAGAGCCCUUACCAUCCCUAGUAGUCGAUUAACUGGUACAUCCACUUUCUGUUUUGUGCCAACAUAGGAGUAGGAGCCUCAUAACUAUCGCUAGAAUUUUAGUCAAAUUGCAAGUAAGCACAUAUAGGGCGAUAUCUGGAUUCCCUGAAAAGCCAGUAUCAAUAAAAAAGAUCCAUUGAAUGAACUGAAAUAUUUUUAGUAGGAAUUUCAAGAACUAACGGUCAAUCUUUUCGAGAUAAUCAAAGUCUGAUUGAAGUUUGGGCAAAAAAUGUAUUCACUUUAAAUCGACCGUUUACAAAAGGAAUCUUUGGAUCCCCUGAGUAUUUUAGUUUACUUCUAUGUAUCGGGAGCUCAGCCAUGUCAACAAGCUCGAUGAUCGGAGUAUGCUAAGAGUCUUCAUCGGCUACGUGGACGGCGUCAAGGCCUACUGCAUCUUCGACCUUGUGACAUAGCGCGUGCACAUCACGUGCAACAUUGCGUUCGACAAAGGGUGAGGCUGGGUAUGGGUCAUGAUGGUGGACAACAACUUGACUUCGAUGAUCAGUGACUUCGUUGUUGACUACAUCCACUUCGAGGGAGUAACUCUUCUUCACCGGGCUCACCUACCCUAGCACCUGGUUUGUCCACCAACACCGUCAGCCACGCCUCAUUGUCCUGCACCGACGCCCACACCUUCGGGGUCGACGUCAACAACUUUGGUCCGCGAUGAACAUCACACGUUGUUUGCCACUCCACUAUCCAAUGAUGAGGGUUGCAUCGACGCCUACCACGACGAUGAGCCUCUGCACUACCGCACUAUGGACAACAUCUCAGUGAGUAGUAUACCCCUAGAGUGGUGCACUACAACUUAGAGGCGGAGCUACACCUGGCGCAUGAUGACAUCGAGUCCCGCUCCUUCAGUGAGGCAUAGGGGGACACGCCGCAAUGCAGUAACCAAAUGUGGGAGUUGGUUGACCUUGCUGGCCAUCACAUCAUCACCCUUAAGUGGGUCUUCAUGCUCAAGUAGAAUGAGUCCGGGGCGGUGAUUAAGCACAAGGCGUGUCUGGUGGUGCACGGGUUCAUUCAACAGGAGGGAGUUGAUUUUGAUGAUGCCUUUGCACCUGUCGCGUGGCGACAAUCCAUCCGUGUCCUCGCGUUGGCAGCUUAGGAGGGUUGUGCCACCACAUGGAUGUCAAAUCAGCCUUCCUCAGCGUCGACUUGAAGGAGGUCUACACCUACUAGUAGUCAGGAUUCUCAUCCUCGACAAGGAGAACAAGGUUGUCGACCUAAGCAAGGCCCUCUAUGGCCUGCAGCAGGCACCACGAGCUUGGAACACCAAACUAGAUUCCACUCUCAAGCAGAUGGGGUUCCAACAACAUGCUCAUGAGGCUGUUGUCUACCGACAGGGCUAGGGAGUCUAUGCCUUACUCAUAGGCGUCUAUGUUGACGACUUGGGUGAUCAUCGACACCAAGGAAGAAGAGUUGGAGGCGUUCAAGGCUAAAAUGCAGGCUGAAGGCCGCUUUACAUGGGAAUCGAGGUACACCAAGACACCUCCGCCAUCUCACUCCAUCAGAUCGCCUACGCCAAAUGCAUCAUCGAGUUGGGUGGGCACACCGACUGCAACCCGAACUACAUCGAGGUCCACGCAGGCUCUCUGGCUAGUGGUGAUCUCCUUGGCAGGCACUGAAGCAGUAGAGCUCAGGGUGGAGAAUGAGUUUGCCUAGGCAUUGGUGAAGAAUCUCGUCUUCCGUAAGCACGACAAGCACAUUCUGGUCAAACACCACUUCAUCAGGAGCUACUUGGAUGAGGGGAGUGUUAAGGCCAACUACAUUAGCACUCAUGACUAGCUCAUUGAUUUCCUCACCAAAUCACUUGGGAGGGUCAAGUUUCAGGAGAUUAGCGAUAGACUUGGGAUGGUUCAAAUCCCUCUAGCGGCACCACACAACACUUAGUGGGAGAAUGAUAGGAUAAGUUCAGUGAUGAUAUGAUAAGUCCCGUGCCUAUGUCAGCAUCUUAUCUAGUACUUUGACAUCUUACCUUCUACCUUAUCUCUAAUCUAGUAGUUGAAAUUUUAUCUCUACUUUCAGUUAUAACAGACCACUUGGUCCUAUAUAUGUAACCAUAACCAGCCAUGUUUCAAAGUGUGGCAUAAGAAAUAGAAAAAUCUGCCCCGAACCUGUGCUCAACUCCAACAAAGCGUUUGGUAGUGUCGAGAAAGCUCACUUUUCUUGGCAAGCUUGCUCGGCUCAGCAAGGAUUUCCUUGCCCAUGGAGGAGAGCCGAUAUGACGCUCCCGCAUGAGCAAGGUCUUACUCGCUCGUGUUCAGCCGAUGGACUUAGAACAUGAAGGUGAAACGAGUCAUGGCACCAGCCUUGAGGGUGCAUAGGAUAAAUCAAGUUUUGAUGCAGCCAACUAGAGGCCGCAUGGUCUGAAUCAAGAUCCUAGUAAGUCAACGACUUGACGAGCAGCCCUUGGUAGAAACAUCGUGCUGCCCCAAGUCGCCUGCUAGUCCUCAAAUUGAACGUCCUGAUGUAGACCAAGCUCCGUAGUGCCCAAUAGAGAUCCUUGAUGCCCAACUUGAUUCAUCUUUUGAGAUCUUCCCCACGUAGAUCAAGCUGCUCCUUCCAUCUCGCCUUGAAUCAAGCUUGUCUCGUGGAAUCAAUCUCUUGCCAAGCAGAAUCGGCUUGGUAAGAUUCAAAUUGAGCCUGCUGCUGUUGUAUCAAGGGUCUCUGUCCUAAUCUUGCUCGUCGGUGCUGGUGUCAGGCUCUCCCAUGGAUGAGCUCAUGGUAUGUGAGAAGGGGCAGAGAGAGGAGAACCCAGCAAAGGAACUAAACAGACAAGCAAAUCUCAUCUUCCUUUGCAGAGUGAGAUGAGGCGAGGAUGGCUAAGCAUGGUGGGACUGGCAAAGGUUGCAAACAUGCCCUUAAUUACGGAGGAUGGGACCAUGUGCUGACCGAAUCCAAAUAAAAUGGUAGGGUCGGAUUUCUCCAGAAUCACUCUGCUGCAAUCCAAACAUGCUCUUAAUCUACCGCUGCUGAAGGAACAAGAUGUCCAAUAGGGCCACACAUUGGUGUUAUGCCUGUCGGCGGCCAAUUCGUCUCCGUGGGCAGGAUAUCGCAUGCCCCAACUGCAAUGAUGGUUUUAUCCAGGAAAUUAGUGAGAUGGGUGGCAUAUUGAACACUUAUGGGCUAAUUGAACCAGACUUUGAAGAGCGUCGAGCUAGAAGAUUCGGAAUGAUGGAUGCCAUGUCUUCCCUUAUGCGGCAACGGAUGGAAGAAAUGGGAAGAGAUGGUUUGUUUGAUAUUCGUGGUAGACAAGGAACAGGUACUGAAUAUGGAAGGAGGCCAACUGCUGUUCCUACAUUGGUAUUUGGCGGCAUCCCUUCUCCUGGAGUUGAUAGCGGUGAUGUUAAUGUUGUCCUCAGGGGAGGCCGCAGAGUUGGCGCUGCCCAACCAAAUUUCAGUAGUUUAGUUGUUGGUCCCAGUCUGGAAGCCCUUUUUGAGCAGCUACUUCUCCAGAACAACCGUCAAGGCCCAGCACCUGCUCCACAGUCAGCUAUUGACUCCAUGCCUGUGGUAAAGAUAAACCGCAGGCAUCUUGACGACGAUCCACAGUGCGCAGUUUGCAAAGACAAAUUCGAGGUUGGAGCAGAGGCACGGGAGAUGCCAUGCAAGCACCUGUACCAUACUGACUGCAUCAUCCCCUGGCUGGUUCAGCACAAUUCUUGCCCUGUUUGCCGCCAUCCACUGCCAUCACAGAGAUCAGGCAGUACCAGUAGCGCCCGGCCUUCAGCUUACUACAACGAAGCCGCUGAUCCUCCUGGGGUCACCAGAGCAGAUCUUGAACCUGCUCCAAGAGACGGUGGCAGGGAAAGCCAGGAAAGGCGCCGCUCCUUCUCGUUUCUGUGGCCGUUUGGCCCGUCGAGUUCCAGAUCCAGUUCUUACCAGUACGAACAGAAUGUUGAUGAGCCUGCAGUAUACGAUCCAAACCAGAUAGCAUAUUCUGAGUGGCACUAUGACCACUGACUGAAACCCUGCAGCAAUCGCAAGCUAUCUGCAAUUCGUGCCUUCAACCCUCAGCUUUGGAGAGGCAUUCAUCAGCUGUAAUGGCUGCUUGCCGUAUAAAAAAAGGAUGGUUCUUGCCUGUUAUAUUGUGUUCAGUGCAUAGCCUUGCUCCGUAUGUCCGUCGUAUAUAUAAUCCCUUGCGUGUAGUAAGCGAUGAACUGAAUGCAUCCAGAAUAUCAUGUCAUGAUAAACUUGAAUAUAGUUUCAUGGUUGUUAUUUCAGACUGAAAAUAAAAUCAGUCUUCUGUUCCGGUUAUACUGAUUUCUGAAAGAAUUCUAGACCUCCGUUCUUGAAUAUUUGUUGUCUGUUUUA